GACGCGCACACACGGACGUCGCGAACGCGGAGCGUAGUUUACUAUUCCCGUUAAUUUGUACGGUUCGUCGGGAGUAGAUUGGCCCCGUUUUUUAGAUCGUGUAAAUACACAGGAAGUGGCCGACCAAGGUGCCUAGUUCGCGAUUUCGUGGGGCAGGUCUGAGUGAUCGCGUAAGAAGCAGCCUCCGACAGGAUGCUUUUGUUUACAACUUUCGUGGACGUAUGUUCCCGUUCGGAAUGAGGUGCGGUCCGCUAAAAAGUGGAAUACUGUGUGGCCAACUAAAUAUUCGCGGGUUGCCCGCUUGAAGAAGAAGAAGUGUCCGAUGGAAAGGAUGGUCGCUUGCGACCGCUUUAUUUUGCUUGCGCGUUACGUGAAGUGUCUCCAGGCCUUUUGUUAACAAGGGAUCACGACGGAAGGCCCCUCGGAAAACCUUCAUCCCGCAAAGCGGCGGUAUAGUCGCCGUCCAGUAGCGACGAACGUUGUGCCAGGAAAAAGCGAGAGAAGAAACCCCUGCAAAACGGGGUCACACGCUGCGUGGAAAGCGGGCAGCCCGGAAAGUGUGUUGUGGAAAAGCUGUUAAAAAAUAGAACACACCUUGCUGCAUCCAAGCGCGGCGCACCGGUGCCAGCGUAGGAAGGAACGAAAGGGAGCGAAUGGAUACGAACUCUGUUAGUGAGUGAGAGUGGCAAGCGAGAGAAAGGUGGUCAACGAAAGGCGAAGGAAAAUUAAAUCAUAGUAGCCUUGGCUAAAAUGAAAUAAAACAAAAAAAGCUGCGAUCAGGUUUUUGGUGCAGCCGACGGCGAUCGAUUCCCGGGCAAGGGCGGGAAACAUUGCAGAUACCUUCGGGGGGUGUGCGAAGUCACACUUAUUAACUGCAGCCACGCCGCGGUUUUGUAGCGAAUGGCUACAGGGUUUCGGUGGUGAGCCUAGAACUGGUGUGGUGGCUGUUGCCGUCGCGCUGCUGCAGAUGGUCGAUCCGGCGCGGCUGCAUGGAGAAAGCUGCCAUCCUCGUACCGGUCAAGACAUCUCUCGGCCCCAGCAACGGUAGAGCCGGCCGUCGGGAAAGGAUGUCGCGGCGCAAAAAUCUGGCCGGUCUGUGCGCGGUCACCGUUGGCUGUAUUCUGCUGCUGUACGCAAGCCAGCGGUACACCUCGAACGGCUACGGCACCGAUUACUUUCGGCCGCGGGAACGAACUGCCAACCAGCGAAUGCUGAAUUCCCACAAAUACUACGGGCUCCGUUCGGCACCGUACGGUGGCGGUGCUGGGAGUGUCCCAGUGUACGACUCGUUCCCUCCGAUGCCGACGGCUCACAAUGCGACCAUCGGCAUCGAGGAUGUGCUGAGCUACCAGCGCACCCUGUUGGCCGCCGAAACCGCUUCCUACGAGUAUACUGCCAACUUCGAGGAGCAGAAGCUUUCGGAACUAACGCCGGAAACGGGGGGGAACCCGCGACGCAGUCUCAUCAUCACCACCUGGCGCUCCGGCUCGACGUUUCUCGGGGACAUACUGAACGCGCUGCCCGGCAACUACUAUCACUACGAGCCGCUUCUCGACUUCGACAUCGUGCAGAUCCGGGGACCACCGAACGACAGUGUGGCGAUCCAUAACCUACGGCAUCUGCUGCGCUGCGACUACAGCGGGAUGGAGAACUAUCUCGACUUUGGCCGGACGCACAACUAUCUGUUCAGCCACAACACCCGCCUUUGGCAGCAGUGUGUGCGCUUUCCCCAGUUCUGCUACGAGCCACGUUUCCUCGGACCGUACUGCCAGCUGUUUCCACUGCAGAGCAUGAAGGUGGUCCGGUUGCGGGCCUCCCUUCUGUUUCCACUGCUCGAGGACGAAAGCCUCAACUUGCGCGUGGUGCUGCUGAUACGUGACCCGCGGGGAUCACUUCAGUCACGGAAGCACCGUGUCUGGUGCCCGGGGCGCCCCGACUGUGACGAUCCGACCACCGUGUGCAGCGACAUGCAGCUGGACUACGAGGCGGCCAUCGAGCUGAGUGAACGCUUUCCGAAGCGGUUUCGAGUGAUACGGUACGAGGAUCUCUCGCUGAACCCAUACCGAAUGACCAAAGAGAUUCUGCACUUUUAUGGGCUUCCAUUCCAUCCGGCGGUGCGAGCAUUUCUCGAUACGCACACCAAGCAGGACGUUGGCGGCGUUAGCUCGACGUACCGCGAUUCCAAGUCGGCGCCGUUUCACUGGACGAAGGAUCUUACCUUCGACGAGGUGAAAAUCAUUCAGGACAGUUGCGUGGCGGCGAUGAAAAGCUGGGGCUACCGGAAUGCCACCAGCGAGCGGGAACUGUACGAUAACUUCAACCCACUGCUACCGUACAGUGUUUCGUGAGGCAUGACACGGCGGCGGUGGGCACAGUGCUGUUCGUUCGUAGGCCGACCACGGGCUGUGUGGAGCAGGAGAGUGUUUUGCUCCAAACAUGGCGCACUGGAGAAUGGCGCUUCGCCGGAAAUGAUCCCACUGGUUUACGAGGCUUUGACGAGGGUCAGCUGUGUCGACGCAUAGGAAAAUGCAUUUGGCAAUCGCGGAUCCAAGAGGCGGAAUCAUGUGCACUUAUUAUCAUUGAUUAGCACAGGCGCGCAAGGAUGCGCUUUGGUUGCGCUUGAAAACGUUCUAUGGUGAGAAGUUUGCACCAACGAAGCAGUUUCUUGCAUACUUUCUUUGUGUUGGCCGUCAUUGAUAACUUUGACUCGCUCUAGUGAGUGUUUGGAUGCUAUUGUUCUUCGUUUAAAUGGUCCUGUAAGCUGAGCGUUAUUAUUAGUUGUUUGUGUACAAGUUGGCCCUAGCGCAGAUCUGAUGAGAAAAGGAAACAAUGUAGUCGGUUGUUGUCGUCUGUGGCGUGUUUUCGUCUCUCUAGUGUGAAUAGGUUUGGUUUAAGUUUUUCCUGUUAUUUUUUUUCUAAAUUGUCAGAAAUUUUUUGCAUCGCAAAAUGUAAGGACGAUUCUAAAAACCGGUUCCGAGAACACGAUUCUGUGGACGGAGCAGGAGCAGCAAGCAUAUUCAAACAUUCGGCAAUUUGAGCAGAAAACAGAGAGAACAGAUAAACAACACUAGAGAACUUACAGUAGAAUUGUGUAUUAAACUAAAAAGCAUAGUAUUACGAGACAAACCAACAGUCGGCUCCAGCAAAAGGCUGCGUUCUGCUGUUCGUUCACUUAGAGUGCCUUUUUUGCUGUUGCUCACUACUACUACUAAACUCACAGCAUGUAUCCUGUCUUCACUCAAUAUCGAUAUAGGCGAAACUAAACUAUUUGAAACUAUAAAACCGGACCGGAAGGAGCGCUGUUGCGCCCACAGAGGGCGGGCAAGAAUGUGGCGUGCAGCAAUCACAGUUUUUCUUCAUACUCGCUACAGAAACACUCCACGACCGCAAGCGGAGUGAGUAGAAUCACGGAAAUUCUUCCAGCAAACUACAGUUCUAUAAGCGAUCCGAUGCUACACACUAUUUGCAGAUACUUAAUGAAUUUCUAACACUUCUAGUUAUGAUAAUUGUAGAAUUGUAGAGACAGCGACAUGGAGCGAAGGCUGCAAAGUGCGCGCAUUUGUUACGGUUCACAUUAAACGAGCAGCGUAGUCGAAGUAGGCGUUGAAGAUUUGUUGCUUACUUUGCACAUUAAACCCUAAAGCACCUCGGUUGCUUUGGUAACGUUCAGUGCGCACGCAAAACUGGCGUUCAGUUGGAACGAUUUAUUUCGCUCGUUAAAUUAAACAUAACCGAAUGCAAGACGAACAAACCAUGGAACAAAAUGACAACGAAAUAACAUUUUAUCAGAGCGUAUUGCGUAGCAGUGGCUUAGAAGGCCGAAAGUGGCGUAUAAUUUAUUGUAGAUUUAGUUGAGCGUAUUGUCUCCUCAGUUCACAACCGCAACAGUAGCAAUCAAUCGAACGUUGAUAGUCAGAAAUGGUUGCGUUCCCCUUUCGUUCUGAGACGAGCGCUUCUACAUGUUGGCUGCCUUUUUGGGAUAAAUGCAUAACCAAAUUAGCCACACCGCGCCCGAAUACCAGGGCGUCAAUGGUGUAACGAUUUAAGACACAAUCAUUAGCGAUAGUAGGUGCUUCUAAGCGGACGAUUGUUGAAUCUCGUGUUCCAACCCCCGGCCUAAAAGGCCUCGGAGUCCGGGGUGUCAACUGAAUUUCAUUUUAUAAAAAUGACAGCGCACGCCGCCUGGACGCUUUGGAAGCCGGGAAGGUUGGGACGCUUCGUGGUAACCGAUUGUUGUUGCCGAUGUUCCUUGCGCGCGCUCUAGUGGUCCGAUUCCGUAUCUACUGAAAGCGGCAAUCGUUUUAAAAUGGAAUUGAUAGAUUAAAAUUAAACGAAACCGUUUCAGCUCAAUCCGGAGAUGUGAUACAAACGAGAGAAGAUGAAACAAUA